ACCACUCAUAACAUUUUGAUUAGAUAACAAUAACAAACAUUGGAGAUGAGUGCAAGGAAACUACAGCAAGAGUUUGAUAAAACAAACAAAAAAAUCGCCGAAGGAUUAACUGCCUUUGAUGAUAUAUAUGAUAAACUUAUGACUACUGAAAUCAGUUCACAAAAGGAGAAACUUGAAAGUGAUUUGAAAAAGGAAAUCAAAAAGUUACAAAGACUGAGAGAUCAGUUGAAGACGUGGCUUGGUGACAGUAGUAUUAAGUUGGAUAAGAAUUUACUUCAAGAAAACCGAACUAAGAUUGAACGAGCAAUGGAUCAAUUUAAAGAUUUGGAGAAGUCAUCCAAGAUUAAACAAUUUCUGAAUGAAGGAUUAGAAUUACAGAGUCAAAAGUCAAGGUUUGGAAGACCUGAAGACCGUAAGAAGGAGGAAGCCAGUAAUUAUAUCUGUGAUAUUAUUGAUCAACUUAAUCAACAAAACGAAGCCUUAGAGGUUGAGAUUCACCUGCUUCUGGUUCAAUUAAAGAAGGCCAAAUCAUCAAAUGUUGCAUCUUUACAAAGUUCCAUUGACGAUGAGAGAUACAAGGUGGAUAGAAAUGUCACACAUUUAACUAAAUUAGAAAAAAUCUUGAGAAAUUUAGAAAAUGAUAAUUUAGAACCUGAACUGAUUGAUGAGAUUAAAGAUGAUUUAGAAUAUUAUGUGGAGAAUAAUCAAGAGGAAGAUUAUGUUGAAUAUGAUGAUUUCUAUGAUAUGUUGGAGUUAUCUGAUGAUAUCGUUGAUGAUGUUCAAGGUAGUCUUGUGACUUUGGCAGUAUCUUCACAAGCAGAAAAGGAAGAUUCUUCCAUAACAACUCCUGUACCAGCAGUUGAAGAGAAGAAACAAGUGGUAAAUGUUGGGUCGAGUAAGUUAUCCACUCCUAAGGUGUCAAUUGCUCCAUUAAACAAGAAGACUUCAUCUACUAUUAGUAUUGUUACCAAUGGUGCUGGGGCAAAUCUGUCCUCCAAUAACACUAGUGCUCAAACCGGUAGUGGAAAUGUUGGAUGGGGUCCAUCGUCACUGACCAACUCUUCAUUAGCUGGUACUCCAGUGAAAAAGGGAGCUAAGGCUUUUGUAGCCAGUGUACAAAACCCACCACCAAUUGCAUCAUAUACUAAUAUUAUCAAGAAUGCAACUGCUGAAAAGCAGCAACCGCUGCAAGCAUCUACCCCAACUUCAACAAAGGCUCCACCUCCAGGAUUUAGAACAGAAUCAUCUCCAGGAAGUUCCACCCCAAUUGCCCAAACUAGUAGAUCUUCACCCACCACUACACAAUCACCUGAAAUUUCAAAAGUUGAAUCAACAGAUGUACUUGAAGAUUCAGAGAUUAUGUCUAACGAAGGCAAAACUUUUAUGGAAACCAUCCCACGUCUUUCAACUAUUCCUCAAUCAAGAUUAAAUAAUCCAUUACCAUUCCAAUCUAUUAAUCAACUUUUAGAAUCAUCAUUAUUGAACUGUCCAGAUUCAUUUGAUGCUGAGAAACCAAGACAAUAUCAUCCGGUGAAUACUCAUCCAUCAUCGGUGGACUUCCCACAAGAACCAAUGUAUGAACUUAAUUCUAGUAAUAUGAUGAAGAAGUUUGAUAAUGACACACUUUUCUUUUGCUUCUAUUAUAGUGUUGGCGUUGACAGUUUAGCUAAAUGGAAUGCCGCACAAGAACUUUCCAGAAGAGGAUGGAUAUUUAAUAGUGAUUUAAAACAAUGGUUUUCCAAGGAUCAUAGUAGAAAUCAAUCUGUUACAGGAAUAAGAGAAGAUACCAAUGAUUCAAAUUCAGAAAAUUAUAAAUAUUUUGAUUAUGAAAAGACGUGGCUUACUAGAAGGAGAGAAAACUAUAAGUUUUCACCAGAAUUAAGGGAGACUUUUUAAUGAAAGAUAUAGAAGUAAUGUAUAAAUAAGAAUAA